CCACCGCAGCUGCCGCGAACCUCAUCGCACCACACACCUCUCCAUUGCCUCCACUCCUACACGCACCACCUAGCAGCUCUGUGCCACCGGGCGAGCGCAGCAGCAAGCGACGGCGAGAGCUCGGCAGCAGCUGGACCGCCGGCGAUGCAGGGUGAGGACAAGAAAGGGAAGGUGAAGAAGGGGUGGCUGGCGGUGAUGGUCGACGAGGACCAGCGGCGGUUCGUCAUCCCCAUCGCCUACCUCUACCACCCGCAGUUCCGCCGGCUGCUGGAGGCUGCCAAGGACGCGUACGGCUACCACUACUCGUCGGGUCCCCUGCGCCUGCCCUGCUCCGUCGACGAGUUCCUCCGCCUGCGCGCGCUCGUCGAGCGGGACACCUCGUCGGCGCACUCGUCCUCGUCGUCCCACCGCGUGCACUUGGCCCCGUGCACCCGCGCCAAGGUCACGUCGUGAUCGGCGAUGAUCGGACGUGAUCAUGGCGACCGCGCGCGCGCCGGAGGAGUACGCCCAUCUGCCGGAGACGAUACGGAUACGCUCGUAUGUGUGUACACACAUAGGUAGAGAAGAGUAGGAGAUUAGUCUGGGAUACUGCUUAUGAUUUUGGUUUUGGCCUUCUGUUCCUUCUGAAUUUUGCACAUGCAUGUAUACUAGAUUGAUUGACAGACAUACCGAUGUAUAAUUAACAGUUGGAUUCACAGA